AUGCUCGUGAAACUCGCAGCUGCAGUGCUUUGGACCGUCGGUCUAGCAUGUGGAUCACCAAGUCACGGAGAAAACGAACAAUCAUUUGGUUACGACUCUGGAGAGCUUGAUCCUUCGCAUUGGGCAAACGAGUAUAAAACAUGUUCAGGAAAAUAUCAAUCGCCAAUCGACAUCGAGGAGAAUCUUGUGACGAAAGUAAAUCUACCACUUUUGCGUUUUCACAAUAUUGACACACUUCCCACAUCAACAACCAUAACAAAUAAUGGACAUACAGUGGUAUUACAAUUGAAUUAUACUGCACCAGUAAUGAUUAGUGGAGGACCACUGACUCCAACCUACAGAUUUACUCAACUACAUUUCCAUUGGGGUGUUAAUGAUUCGUUGGGCAGUGAAGACCUCAUUAACAACCAUAGUUAUCCGAUGGAAUUGCAUAUGGUAUUUUCAAACACAGAUUACGAUGAUGAUAAAGUAGCCUUAACAAAAAAUGAUGGAUUGGUUGUUUUAGCCAUGUUCUUUGAAAUAACCCAAGAAGACAAUCCUGUAUACUCAGAAAUCGUCAACACCUUAGGUCAAAUAAAUAUGCCUGAACAAACAUCAAAUUUACAAGUUGGAUUCACAAUUAGAUCCAUGUUACCCGAAUCAACCGAACUCUAUUUCACAUACAAGGGUUCUUUAACUACACCGCCUUGCUUGGAAGUCGUUACAUGGAUAGAUUUUAAACAUCCGAUUCAACUAUCUCAUAACCAAGUUCAAGCUUUUCGUAUGUUGCGUUCAAAACAUGGACAACUAACACACAAUUCUAGGCCUGUGCAAGAGUUGUCGGGGAGACCUGUGUGGUAUAACGUGGGCGGCUUUGCGGCUUUGAAUACGCCAACUAUUGAAAAAAAUAGCGCUGCAUCAUUUGGUUUUGCCGUUUCCAAAAUGUUCAUAUUAUUGUGUUGCAAACUCGCUACUCUAGCUCUAUUCUGA